CAAUAUCUCCCACAAUGAUAUUUUAAUUUUGACGCAUAAAAUAUUCAGUUUACAGAAAAGAAGAAAAAACACAAAGGGAUUAUCAGAGAAAGUUGGGGACCUUGAGAUUUAGAGUCUCUAUUUCCACAUUGAACUAUCGGCAUCGAGCUUUCAGGAUUUCUUUUGUGGAAACCGCAGCAGUUGGCAUUUGCCUUCUCUCUCUUCUUUGGGUCUAACAUGAGCUUUACCGGUCCUUCGGUUGGUUCUGGUGGUAGAAGUGUCAGAAGAGCAUUUGAAUUUGGAAGAACCCAUGUUGUUAGGCCCAAGGGUAAACAUCAAGCCACAGUGGUUUGGUUACAUGGCCUUGGUGAUAAUGGCUCUAGGUAGUCAUCAAUCAGACUACUCUUCUGGCUAGGCCUUCCUUUUUUUUCCCUAGUGAUGCCUGCUCUUUAUUCUUUUGGGAGAAACAUAGUUCUGCCUUCUCACUGUGGAAAGGAGAGAAAGAAAAUUAAAUGGAUAUGUCCAACUGCUCCUACUCAACCAAUAAGUUUAUUUGGUGGCUUCCCAUCCACAGCUUGGUUUGAUGUGGGAGAUCUUUCUGAAGAUGCUCCAGAUGAUAUAGAGGGUUUGGAUGCUGCAGCAGCACAUGUUGCAAACUUGUUAUCAACAGAGCCUGCUGACAUUAAACUGGCUGUUGGGGGCUUCAGUAUGGGUGCAGCAACUUCCCUUUACUCUGCAACCUGCUUUGCCCAAGGAAAAUAUGGGAACGGCAAUUCAUACCCUUCCAACUUAAGUGCAGUUGUAGGCCUUAGUGGCUGGCUUCCUUGUUCCAAGAUCUUGAGUAACAAAAUAGGACAGGAAGACGCUGCAAGUCGUGCUGCAUCCUUGCCCAUUUUACUGUGUCAUGGAAAAGGUGACGAUGUGGUGUCAUAUAAAUUUGGUGAGAAAUCAUCUCGAGCAUUGAGUUCAAAUGGAUUUAAGGAUGUAACAUUCAGAUCCUAUAGUGGGCUUGGGCAUUAUACAAUCCCGGAAGAGAUGGAUGAGGUGUGCGCUUGGCUAACUUCAAAAUUGGGGCUUGACGGUUGCAGUUCAUAAUUACAGUCCAUAUCCAGAUCUGGAAAAAAACUGAUAAAAAAGUAAAAGUACAGUGGUGGGGGCGGAAAAGUUAUUCACUUGGAGACAAAACUCUUGGGUGCAAAAUACAUGUUAUAGCAAGAUUGGCUUUUGCAUGACAUAUUUGUUCUUACGUCUUCUAUCGUUUUAACUGGUAAAAGCACUGUUGGUGAAUUAUAAGAACGUUUGUGAAUGUUUGAUUGAUCUCAAUCCGUACUAGUCAGCCAUCUGGGCUCAUUGCUUCAUUUUUUUUUUUCCUUAAAUGUCCUCUGUCCCCAGGAUUAUUCCUUAUCUAUUUUGGAUUAAGAUCAAGAGAAUUCUGAGGAUUUUUAAAUCUGCAA